AUGACUGACGACGUCACGGGCUUCAAACAUUCGGAGCGGGCCCUCUACGCCAACAGGUGUGGCUUUUUUGGAUCCGUAGCUAGCAUGAAUCUCUGCUUGAAGUGCUACAGAGACCUUCGCAUCAAAGAAGUGCAGGCAGCCUCCGCUAAGGCUGCUAUAGAUACAACCCUGUUCAUAAAGACUAAGGAGGAUGAUAUUCUCCUAGAAACUCUCAUGGACUUCAAGUGUAGAUGUGGGAUCACGUUCUGCGGGGCCGAUAUGUAUUCGGAGGACCAUGGGGGCUCGUUUGGCUUCAAGGGAGCGGGGAAGGACGCCAUCGCUGCCGAAGGUGGUCUGAGUAGGCAAGCAGCUGUCGCCGAGGCGGCUACUGUAGUCGAUGAUGAAGAGCAUGUAUGUGGGGAAGGGUGUGUUCGCUCCGGUUGUCAUCCUCACCCGCAACAUCAUUGA